AUUGAAUUCAACAGAGGAGUAAUGCUCGCAGGUCUGGUGAACGUGUAACUAAUACAGACUCUGCUGAGCAGUUACCAUGCAUUUCUAAUGAGAGACAUGCAGCCAGAAAGUUGUACGCAACGCUUGCUAAGCUCCUGAAGCUGAUCUAAAUACACUGUAGGAAGACACAGUUAGAAGAUGCCAUCAUAGUCAAAGCCAUUAAUUUGGAUGAAUUUCCUAUUCCUAAGUUAUACUGAAAUGAACAUUGUGGGAAAGCUCAAUUUAAUGAUACCGUGGAGUAUAUUCUUGCUUCAUUCACUGCUGUCCUCUUUGCAAGGAACUUAUUGCAAGCUUUCUCUUUUGAGAAGGACUUCAAGAAAUGAGUUUAAUGCAACUCGACAGAAAAGAGAUCUCUUAACAACAGAGGCUCGAGCUGCAUCUCCUCAGUCACACCUAAAUGGGACCUUGACAUGGAGCCCACCAAGAGGUUUGUGUCCUCAAAAGUGCCUUAACGGAGCAGGUUGCACAGAGGCAGGUGACUGUGAUUGUCAGUUAUUUCAGGCUCAAGGAAGCAGGUGCCAAAUUGUUCCUAAUAACGGUAAGGACCGAGAUGGGAUUUGCAAAUCAUGGGGACAGUAUCAUUUUGAAACGUUUGAUGGCAUCUACUACUACUUUCCGGGAAAUUGCUCCUAUAUUUUUGCAAAAGACUGUGGUACUCCAGAACCACGUUACACUGUUUGGGUUCAUAACAGUCCUCACUGUCAUGGUUCGGUAUAUUCUUGUCAGAGGUCAGUCAGCUUGUUUUUUUCAAACCAAGAAGAAAUAACGAUUUCAGGACAUGAAGUAAGAAAGGAAGGAAACAGAUUAAUGUUGCCACAGACAGUUGGAAAUGUUUUCUUUGAGAGAUUGGCUGACUAUAUUCUGGUGAAAACUACCUUUGGUUUUUCUCUUGCUUGGGAUGGAAACUCUGGUAUUUAUAUUAAGCUGACAGAAGAUCAUCAUGGAAAACCUUGUGGCCUCUGUGGAAAUUUUAAUGGUGAUAAAUACGAUGACCUGAUACUGCAAAAUAGAGAUGAAUAUACAGAAGACAUUGCUGAAUUUGCAAAUAGCUGGGCUGUGCAAAUCUCAGAUGUUGCAGCUUGUGUACCUACUGCCUUAGAUUUUUCCAGUCCUUGCUCAGCUAAUGCAGAAUCCACUGAGGAUAUAUUCUUCAAGUGCCAAAUAUUCCUACAAUUUCCUUUUCUCAGCUGUCAUGAGAGCAUAGAUCCAUAUUCUUAUAUUUCUAGCUGUAUGAAUGAUCUUUGCAGGGCGGAUGAUGAUGAAACAUACUGCAGAGCGGUGACAGAGUAUGCUAGAGCAUGCUCCCACGCUGGAUCCCCUGUGCGGGAUUGGAGGGAUGAUUUUCCUGCUUGUACUGAGAAGUGUGAAGACAGCUUUGUACACCGUGAUUGUAUCAGUUGUUGUCCACCAACUUGCACCUUUGAAAAAGAUUGUCUUGGCAGCAACCUGCACUGCUUAGAUGGAUGUUACUGUCCAGAUGGUCUCAUUAUGGAAAAUGGAACGUGUAUCUCCGUGUCAAAUUGUCCUUGUAUUUAUCAUGGAACUGCCUUCCCUGUAGGCUCAAAAAUUGAACAAGAAUGUAGUAAUUGUGUUUGUACUGGUGGUAUUUGGAACUGUACUGAUCAUGAUUGCCCAGCUGAGUGCUCUGUCACAGGUAACUCUCAUUUCACAACAUUUGAUGGACGUCAUUUUACCUUUCUUGGAAUUUGCCAGUACAUUUUAGUAAAAGGCACUGGAAAGAACAAAUUCACAAUCACUUUACAGAAAGCACCUUGUGGACAUAACUUUGACCAUGCCUGCAUUGAGUCUAUAACACUAGUUCUCGAAGAUGAUGUGAGCAAACAAGUAACUCUCACAAGAUAUGGCCAAGUCCAAAUGAGUCCUAACCAAGGUUUUAACAUUAAUGGAGCUAUUGAAAUUCAGAAUAUAUCUUCUUUGUUUGUUCAACUGAAAACUACUUUUGGUUUGAAGAUACUGUUUGCAAAAGAUGGAGAGAGAAUCUAUGUUCAGGUUGACAUCAACUGGAAGAGAAGAACAUUGGGACUAUGUGGAACUUACAAUGGGAAUUUAAGAGAUGACUUUCUUUCUCCAGCAGGGAUGAUAGAAGGGACCCCGCAACUUCAUGCCAAUGCAUGGAAGGUUUCCUCAGCUUGUUCUGUGCCUAUCAAUGUUCCUGUAGUUGAUCCCUGCAACGUUAAUCAGCAAAAUAUUGGAUAUGCAUCUCACUGUGAUAUCAUCAAUCAAGAAGUCUUUGCUCCCUGUCAUGCCUACAUCAGUCCAGGAUUAUACUACCAACUAUGUCGCUUUGAUGCCUGCAAAUGUGGCAGCAGCUGUAUGUGUAAUUCUCUUGCACACUAUGCUUACGUCUGUGGCAAGCAUGGCAUUGCUGUGGACUUCAGAUCCCAUAUUUCUUACUGUGCUGUGAUGUGUCACAGUGGUAUGCUUUAUCAUCAGUGCUCUUCUUUUUGUAAACACUCCUGUGCUUCACUUUCUAUGGCAAAUAUCUGUGGUGAUGACUGUGCGGAAGGAUGUAAUUGCCCUGAUGGGAAAUACUUUGAAGAAUCAGUCAACUUUUGUGUGUCAGUAUCUGCGUGUCGUUGCCAUUACAAGGGCAAACUCCUACAGCCUGGAGAAAUUCUCCCCAUGCCAACAGGUUCCUGCCAAUGCUUGAAUGGAACAGUGAAAUGUAUUGAAGCUACUUCAGAAAACACAGUUCACAUGUGCCCUGAAGGAAAAAUCUACUAUGACUGUAGAUCUCCUAUGCCUGGAUUACCAGCAGCAGGUGUGAAUUGUGGGAUCUCCUGUGCAAACCUUGCCAUGAACUUCUCCUGUGUCCCCUCACCGCCCUGUGCCAGCGGCUGUAUUUGCCCCCCUGGGAUGGCUGAGCAUAGAGGGAAGUGUUAUAUUCCUGACAGUUGUCCAUGCACAUGGAAAGACAGGGAAUUUCUAUCAGGAGAAGUAAUAGCUACACCUUGUCACACAUGUGUUUGUCGGAGAGGGGUAUUCAAUUGUACUAGUUAUCCCUGUCCUGCUGUAUGUACUAUUUAUGGAGAUCGACAUUAUUAUACUUUUGAUGGCCUGGAGUAUGAUUAUGCCAGUGACUGCCAAGCUUACCUGCUAAAGAGCACAGAUAACUCAAAUAUAUCUGUAAUUGCUCAGAACAAAAAGUGCUUUGAUAAUGAUAUUGUUUGCUCGAAGAAUAUUUUCAUCACUGUUGGAGACUCUGAGAUUUAUUUUAGUGAACUUUCUGAGAAGCAGAGCACCUUGAGGGGACAGGAAAACAAGUCUAACUAUCAGCUUUGGAUGGCUGGAUAUUAUACUGUGAUACACUUUCCAGAACAGGAUAUUACAAUUCUGUGGGAUAAGAAGACCAUGAUGCAUGUUAAAGUUGGACCUCAAUGGAAGGGUAAAUUGGCAGGUUUGUGUGGAAAUUUUGACAAAUACACUUCAAACGACCUGACUACAUCAAACAACAUGGAGGUGAGAAAUGCACAGGUAUUUGGAGACAGCUGGGUGUUAGGACAGUGCAAGAGCCCAAAUGAAACACUAAGACCAUGCGAGAUACAUCAGAGCAAGUUCCCUUAUGCCAAAAAGGAAUGCUCUAUUUUGUACAGUGAUGUUUUCGCACCUUGUCGCAAUGUGAUUGAUGUGACAUCUUUUGUCAAGAACUGUCAUACAGAUACGUGUAACUGCAAUCUUGGCGGGGACUGUGAGUGUUUGUGUACCAGUAUUGCAGCUUAUGCCCACAAGUGCUGCCAGCACGGAGCAGCGAUUCACUGGCGAUCUCCUUCGCUGUGUGCUUAUGACUGUGAAUAUUAUAAUCAAGGUCUUGGUGAAGGACCAUAUAUUUUGGCAAGUUCUGGAGAAAAUGAUACUAUUAUAGGAGCUAAUGUGUCCAGUAGACGGAUAUUUCCUCUGCCUAGAAAUGUAGCGUACGGAAAUGUAUUUUUCAGUUUCAUGAUAACUCCAGGUCUUUACAAAGAUAAAGAUUUAUCUCUCUCCCUUGUUUCCCUUGAGUCUGCUGAAAGACCAAACUACUUUCUGUGUGUACGUGCUGAUGAAACGGUUGGGUUGGAGCAAUGGCAGGCAAGUGCCUCCUUUCAAAGACGAGCCACCUUCUUCCACCACCAAGGCCUCUGGAGUCCAGGGCUCAGUGCUUUUGAGCUACACAGUAAAAAAGGCUUUUUCGUCAUUCUCACAUCAUCUGGUGUUAAAGUGGCAAAGUACGAUGAUUCAGAAGAAUUCAAACAUUUGAGUAGCUUUAGUAUUGAAGAACUCGGUGCAUCUGUGCCUUAUAGGAAGAUGUGUGAAUGGAGAUAUGAAUCUUGUGCUAAUCCUUGCUUUAAAACAUGUAGUGAUCCCAAAGGAACAGCAUGUAAAUUCCUUCCUCCGGUUGAAGGAUGCUUGCCAUAUUGUCCCAAAAACAUGAUCCUUGAUGAGGUCACACUUAAAUGUGUUUACCCAGAAGACUGCAUACCUGUGACACCUAUGGAAUCAGCAACUGGAACAAAACCUUCAUUGUUAAUCUCUCACCCGGCUGCUACCACAGAGAGAUUUCCGAAAACACCUCCUAUACAUGUAACUUCAGGGACUGAGUCAUCUGGUACUGGUGUGACAGUCAAAAUUACCAUGAAGACAAGCACAACCUUAGCAGGAAUGAAUAUGUCAGCGCAGUCCGUUACAGAUUUGUACUCACUGGAAGAUGCCACCCAUUCAGCAUAUUCAUUUCCAAGAAAACAGAGUUCUUCGGUAAGUUCUUCAGCAGAAGAUGGAACAAUAUCAGUCAUAUCAGCUGGAAUCAUCACUCAAUCCACUACACCAAUGAUAAUGAACACAACAGUGAAUGCUACAUCCUUAAAAACACCUUAUAUUUUUGCAAAAAUGCCACCUAGUUCUUCCGUCAGUGUAUUAGUUGCUUCUGACACUACUGUAGACCCUAGGAUUACUACAAAGACCACUGAUGAUUUUGUUGCUGAUUCAAAGUUUCAUAUGGCUUCAGCUUCAGUUCCUACUACCAUAGAAACACUUACGUAUGAGUCACACAAAUCUUUACUUACAUUUGUUCCAUCUCAAGUUUCGCAGAGCAGUAAAGAAAUUUCAAAAACAACAGCCAUGAAAACAAGUACUACCAGUCCAUUAUCAAAGACACAAAGCACCUCAUUUACAACUUCAGAAUUUAAAUAUGUAACCUCAUUUGAAAGAACUGUAGGUAUUUUAGAAAGCAGCCAGACUUCACAUGUACAAAGAAAUGUAACCAAGGCAAAGUCAACCACAACUGAGAAAUCUUUCCUACCUUACUUGACUGUAUCUGCAAGUCGGAGUUCGCCUUUUUCAAGCGUAAGGAUAACCUCAGCAAAAAAUCUCUCAGAAGUCCUGGAUGUCAAGACAUCAGAUUGGUCCAAAAUCCUAACACAGACUACCAUUAAACCUUAUUUCAAUUUAACAGAACGCACGGAGCUUCAGGGUAGAACUGUAAUGGAUAUAUCUCACUCUAGUGGUGAAAUGGCUCUGUCUUCUCCUUCCUCUGGGGAAAUACAAACUUCUCUGGCAAGCACAGACACAGUGACAACUAUAGCUGACAAAACUUUGUUUGGCACAAUGAUGUCUGCAUCUUCUGAAUGUGUGCCAAGAUACCUUGAACCUGUCGACAAAUGUAGUCAGUAUGUAUGUGUUCAUACGGGCUGGAUGUUAUACAACCUUUCAAAGAACUGCCUUAAGGAUGCACAGAAGCCAGACUGUGGUUUUCGAGGAAUGCCAGUCCAAGUUAAUACUGAUAGUUGUUGCCCAGAAUGGGAAUGUCCUUGUCAAUGUUCUGUUCUGUCUGAACUGAGUGUUAUUACAUUUGAUGGAAACAACAUAGCCCUCUGUAACAUGGCUUCCUACAUUUUAGUCAAGCUACCAGGAGAAAUUAUUGUUGCUCAUAUUGAAAAAUGUCCUGCUAAUCAGAGUGCAAAUUCAAUAAGAAAAAUAGUUCCUCCUGCAAGCACUUCCGGGCUCUGUUUUAAGAAAUUAAAUGUAACAACACGUACAUCUGAACUACUUAUCAAUCGUUUAGCAAGAAAAGUAGUAGUGGAUUCUGUAAUUCCAUCUUUACCAUUUUCAAAAGAAGGACUGAGUAUUCAAGAUACUGGUGCAAUGUAUGUCAUUAAUACCCCAGCUGGUAUUAGCAUCAAGUGGGCUCAUGUUACGGGCAUCAUAGAUAUACAGUAUGGAUUGCACUCUAACACAUCAAUGACGACAGAAGGACUUUGUGGGGUGUGUAAUGGAGAUCCUACUGAUGACCUGAAAAUGCAAAACAGAACCAUAAUUACAAAUAUGGAGGAAAUUGAAGUGUUCAUUAAGAGCUGGGAAAUUGAGAAAUCCCUUGAUGUAACAACUAGGAGGCCAGUAAGAAACUGCACUGAAGAUAACUGCACAUACUGCAUGGAACUGUUAAGCAGAAGUGUUUUCAUCCAUUGUCACAAUAAAGUUUCACCACAGGAAUUUUGUGAGAAGAUGUGGAUCAACAGCACUUAUUUUUGGAAUUAUGAGUGUGAUGCACUUUCUGCAUAUGUAGCUUUAUGCAACAAGCACAAUAUCUGCAUUAAAUGGAGGACACCUGAUUAUUGUUCACUGAGUUGUCCUGAGGGCAAGGAAUACCAGCCUUGUGUGAAACCCUGUGAAGCAAAGACAUGCUUAAAUAAGUGGUUGUAUGAAGAUUCUCCAUGUUCUUAUUUAAGGGAAGACUGUGUGUGUAAAAGUGGCACUGUUCUACAUAGAACAGACUCUGACCUCUGUAUUCCAGAAGAAAAAUGUACAUGUACAGAUAACAGAGGACAACCCCGCUCUGCUGGGGAGAUCUGGAAUGGGUCCAUGAGAAGCUGUUGCAUAUACAGCUGCUUAGAAAAUGGAAGCAUUGUUGCUGUAAAACCUGAAUGCAAUGAGGAUCCACCACCGGCUUGUGAAAGAGAAGGAGAAGUUAUUGUCCUUGUCAUGGAAGAAGGGGAUUGCUGUCCAAAAAAAGUUUGUGAAUGUAACAUGUCAUUGUGUGAUGCUAUUAUUCCAACAUGCAAAAACAGUGAAAAACUGAUUGUAGGCUACAACCCCCUGUCCUGCUGCCCACAGUACCGCUGCGAAUGUGAUCCUUCAGUUUGUUUCAGUUCUUCUCAGCUGGACUGCAGAGAAGACCAAUUUAUUGUUGAAGCAAAACUAGAAGAUCCCUGCUGUUUCUCUUAUCUCUGUGUUUGUGAGUCCUGUAUUGAGCCUGUUCCCUUGUGUAAUGAAGGGGAAAUUCUCACCGUAGACCUUCAUACCAUACAUUACUGUUGUCCUCAUUACUAUUGUGUUUGUGAUGAAAAUUUUUGUCCUGAGCCUCCUAUGAAUUGCACAGAUGACAUGACACUUGUGAAGGAAAAAAUACCUGGGCAGUGUUGUCCAGAAUGGCACUGUGAAUGUAAUUGUGAAAAUGCUACUACGAUGACUUGCAAAUUGGGAGAAGUUCAAAAAAUAGAUAGUAGUAUUUCCAGUGCUUGUGGAUGCACUCACUACAUUUGUGAGAAGGAUGAUGUGUGCAUCUUCCAAGAGGUAACCUUACUGAAUCCUGGACAAUCAGUGAUUCAGUACUUGGAUGGAGACCUUUGUCACACUGUGCAGUGUUUACAAGAAAAAGAUCAGAACACAGGAUACAACGCCAUGCAUUUUACAACAGUGAACUGUUCCCAGCAAUGUGAAGCACAUCAGCUGUAUAUUCCUUCCUCCAGUCACCAUAGUUGCUGUGGUACCUGUCAAAAUGUGUCCUGUUCUUUUCUUACUGAGAAUGGCACACAAAUUGUGUAUGAGGAAGGCAGUACCUGGAGCUCCAACUGCACAAACUACACGUGUGCAAAGACUGUGGUGGGGGCUACGAUAGUGGGCUCUGGUGUGGUCUGUCCCCCUUUCAAUGACACUGAGUGCACAAAGGUUUGUACUUUGGCUGAGAAUGGAGGAACUGUGCAGACAUACAAUGAUGGCUGCUGCAAGACCUGCAAAAAGGAAGAAAGGAUUUGCCAGAAAAUGACAAUCAGGACAACUAUAAGAAAAAAUGACUGUAUAAGUCAAAGCCCGAUAAAUGUGGCUUCUUGUGAUGGAAAAUGCCCGUCUGCAACAAUUUUCAAUAUCAAUAUUGAUAGCCAUUUAAGAUUCUGUAAAUGUUGUCGUGAAAAUGGAACACGCAAUCUGACUGUGCCACUACAUUGCUCAGGAAACGGCACUGAAAUUAUGUAUGUCAUUCAAGAGCCUGUAGACUGCUCAUGCCAAUGGAACUGAACCUUACCAUGAACAUGAUUUUGUCUGAAGAACUGAAAUGAGUUUCCUUUCACCAGAGUGUAUUUUCUGACCUUGGAUGGAUGUAGUACUCUGCAGAAAAAAAUACAAUAUCAAUGAUGCUUUAUAAUGUAACUUUUCUGAAAAUAAGUAGAGAUUAUGUUGUUUUUCAAAUUUCAUUUUUAAAUAUCAGCAUCUAUAAAAAUAAACAUAUAAAACCUUUUUUACAAGGUGUAAUUUAGCUGUCAUUUACUAUUCAGCGGCUUUCUGAGGAGCUCUUGAUGCCUUUGUUUCCUGUUUUAAAUUUGUACUUAUCUGUUAAAUUUCAGAAUUUAUAAGUGGUUCUUUCACUUUCAGUGGUUGGAUUUUCUGUUGAGGACCAUGAUUGGAACGAAUGUUUGAAAACAGAUGAUGCAUAUAGUAAUUUAGACAAUGUCUGAAUUAAUUUAUUAAAAAAUAUGAAAAAACAUUCAACUCAAACAUUUUUUAUCAUGCUGAAAGGUCUGUUGUCUCUUAAGCUGUUGACAAUGACUGGACUCUGUUUAAACUAGAAGUCAGUGAGAAACCUGAUGACUAUGGCCUGUAAGUACUUUUAUUUCUAGAGUAAUAGUGUCUUUAAAUCAUUAAUUUUGGUAAAUAUUAUAAAUAUUAAGCAUGACUAGGCAAAGGCUGAAGAGUUCAAAUACUUGUGCCUUUGUUACAAACAGAGCUGUUUCUGAUAUGAAGAAAUUUAUUUUUUAUCAAUUUUUCAGCUUUCACAAAUAAGAUAUUGGCUGUCUGCUUGCUAGAUGUAGAAUAAAAUUCUAUGUAUAUAAAUAUUUAUUAAAAAAAGGGAGACUGCACAUUUUAAUUUUUCAUAAUGUGUUUCCUCUGUUUGACAGUUUGAAAUGUUGUGUCCAAUAAAAAUCACUUCUUUUUAAGUAUAGAGACUUGGACUAUUGACUGAAUCUAGGAUUUAUAAUUCUUGUAUACAGGAAAAAAACCCUCCAUGUAAAAUAUGUUUUUAAGAGCCUAGGUAAGCUAUUAGUGUUUGUUCAGGUUGUGAAUCUCCAUGAUUCAGCACCUUAAGCUGAAUAUGCUCUCAAUUUUAGUAAAAGUACCUUGUCACCUUAUCGUAAAAACUAAGAAUGCAAUGAUAGGCUUGUUUUUGGAAGACUACUUUGCUUCAUAAAGUCAAUAAAUGAAUCAUGGCUUAAAUGAUGACAGAAGGAGUUUGGCCAUUGACUGCACUGGGGUCAGUAUGGUCCUUAAUAUUUAAAUUAUUUCAGAAUUAAAUUUCUUGACUAAAACUUUGAGAACUUUUUGGUAAACCGUUUUUAUUUCAGGCUGUCAUCAUCUAAUUACAAUAAGGUUAGACUGUUAGAUUGUUUUAUACAAUGAAAAAUAAGUAAUAUAAAAAAAGAAAAAAAUAUUUUGCGAUUUUGUGUGAAGCAUCUUCAAACUUUUGCUGUUUACAGUUUGAUUGCUCAUAAAGAAAAAGAGUAUAUGUAUUGAAAUCUGUCUUUACUAACAAGACUCAUCUACUCAUCCAUCUCAUUAAAAAUAGUGAUCUGGUUUAAAAAUGAAAGAAUAAUCCAUUGCAUUAUCAGUAAAAUGUUUAACAAUUACAAAGAUAUAGUGAUCAACUAGUGAUUAAGUACUUUUUUUGAGAAAGUAUAUGCUUCAUUUGCACUUUUUAUGACUUGAUGGCAGAUAUGUCAAGACAUUGUGUACUAGGGCCUGGAACCAAAACCUUUUUUGACAUUUCAGAAGGAAUUUGUGUACAGAAAGUUUUCAUAGAGGCCAGAAACGAAAAAUAAAUCAUUUUCAUAACUAUUAAGUUUGUAUACUCAUACAACAAAUUUAAAGGACAGCUAUUCAAAGAAAAAUAAAUCCCUGGGACCUCUUGAUUUAUUAACAUGGAGAUAGGAAUCCCCUGUUUACUUCAAGAAAGCCUGGCCCAAAACUUCUUAAUGAAUUUAGCAUUUGAAAAUAGAAUGAAGAAAGCUCCUACAAGAUAGCACUUUUUGACAUAAUGACCAAACACUUGCAGUAGUUUGAUUAAACACUCUGCUUUUUAUAAACAAUGUGCUUUUGUAAGAUUUAGAAUCAUAAUUAAAGAGAAAUUAAUAAA